GGCUCAUUCACACUUUCCUCUAGAUUCUGGUUUUGUGUUGGUUUCCCAGCCCUACAACCCCAUUUCCUUCAAAGAAGCAAUGAAUGAAGAAGAAGAAGCAAUUCAAGUGGCUUCCAUGGAGAUCUGCCGCCAGUUCAAAGCCCUAAUCGACGCUAAAGACCUCGAUUCCAUCAACCAACUCCAGCAUCUCAUACUGGGCAGACUUCAAGACAGUAAUGCUGUAUUAACUCAUUUUAACGAGUAUUCAGAGAGGUGCUAUGCUGAUGUAUCCGCUGAUCUCUCAAAAAAUACAAGGCUUUUGAAGUCCAUGAAGUCAGACCUUGAUCACAUCUUCAUGAAGCUGAGAAGCAUGAAGGCGAAACUCAUGGCAACAUAUCCAGAUGCAUUUCCGAAUGAUUCGGCAUCAAAGAUUCUCGAUCGAAGGCCUGAUCUUGAAAGGCCUCUGCCAUAGCUUUUUAGAGAACUCCCUAGAAAUCUGGAGGACGUGUUUGGCUACAUCAUGCUUUGUAUUUAUCUUGCAACUGUUUCUCAGUGUUUUUUUGUACCAUUUGUUUUCUUUGGUGUUCCUCUGUAUCCAUCAACUGAGUGAAUGAUUUGGAUUAGGCCUUUUUGUUUGUGUUUGUUUCUA